GCAGAUUUCUCUUCCAGUUUCUCCAAUGGCCUCUCUUUUGAAAUCGACCCCAAUAACUCAUGAUAGUGAUCAUGGGAAUGAAGACGAGAGCUUCUCGUAUGCAAUACAGGUGGCGAGCUCCCUUGUGGUGCCCAUGACCUUGCAAUCAGCCGUGGAGCUUGGUGUUUUUGAAAUUCUAGCAAAAGCGGGUCCGGGAGCCAAGCUCUCCCCAACACAGAUUGUUCAACAGAUGCCAACCAAGAACCCCGAGGCACCCACAAUGUUGGACCGUAUUCUGAGGUUGCUGGCCACCCAUUCUCUGCUUGGUUGCUCUAUGGCUGCUGAUGACUCUGGAUCUUUGCAGAGGCUUUAUAGUCUUUCUAAUGUGUCUAAACACUUCGUCUGCAACGAAGAUGGUGUCUCUUUGGGACCUAUCAUGGCCUUGUAUCACGACAAGGUCAGCUUAGAUAGUUGGUCCCAUCUGAAAGAUGCAAUUCUUGAGGGAGGAGGAAUUCCAUUCAACAGAGCUCAUGGCAUGCAGGCCUUCGAGUACGCCGGGUUGGAGCCCAGGUUCAACCAGCUUUUCAACGCAGCCAUGUUCAACCACACAACCAUUGUUAUGAAGAACAUCCUUGACUCCUACAAAGGCUUCCAGCAACUCAAGCAAUUGGUUGAUGUUGCCGGCGGUCUAGGAGCCACUCUCAACUUGAUCACUUCCAGAUACCCCCAUAUCAAGGCCAUUAAUUUCGACUUGCCCCAUGUCAUACAACAUGCCCCACUUUAUCCUGGUGUGGAACAUGUCGGGGGAGACAUGUUCGAAAGCGUUCCUAAGGGGGAUGCCAUUUUUAUGAAGUGGAUACUCCAUGAUUGGAAUGAUGAACAUUGCUUGAAGCUGUUGAAGAACUGCUACGAGGCUACACCAAAUGAUGGAAAGGUGAUUGUUGUGGAUGCAGUUCUUCCAAUUAUGCCUGAGAUUAGCACUUCUAUGAAGAGCAACUGUCAAUCGGAUGCGCACCUGUUGACUCAAUGUAACCCAGGAGCGAAGGAAAGGACGGAAGCUGAAUUCAUUGCCUUGGCAACCAAAGCAGGGUUUAGUGGCAUCAGAUAUGAAUCUUUUGUCUGUAAUUUUUGGGUUAUGGAGUUCUUCAAGUAGAUUGCUUGCUUGUAAUAUUAAUUUGGAAAUCUAUCGUUUCUUGUCCGAACCCUUUAAAUAAAAAUGCUUAUGAAAAGUUGAAAUAAGAAUUGCGACUUCAAAUUA